UUUUUCAGUAUCCCAAUCUUUUCUGAACCAGGUCUCUGUCUCCUCAAACUGGAUUGUCUCUUGUCCGAUUCUCAACUGAGCCUUAAAUUAUGUGGCGCUUGAUCGGUUGAUCUAUAAUCUACUUAAUUUUUUUGUCCUGCAAAUCAUUCUCUUGUCUCGAUUUACUUUUACCCGCUCUUCUUUGUUCUAGGGUUCCGGUUCAACGCAAAGGAAAGCAACAAGAUUGAACAGAGAAGCAGGGGGAAGAAGAAACUAGUACCACACCCUUACACGUUACUAGCGCUUAGGCCAUUGACCUAUAUUCAACAAGCAUGGCAGACAAAGGCGAGCCUGUCAAGCCUACUCGCAUUCCACACUGGCGCCUUAUCAUCGACCAAGCGAUACUUACUCAGGAAGUCAUUGAUCACCCUUACGCUGGCUCCGGUACUGAAGAUGAGCCUUUUCUCGUCACAUGGCUCCCCAAUGAUCCACGGAAUCCUAUGAAUUUCCCAGAUAGCCGAAAAUGGUUCUACACAGUAACAGUCGCCCUCGCGACCUUAGCGGUGUCGCUAGUAUCUUCUGCAUACACCGGCGGCGUGGAUCAAAUUAUGGAACAAUUCCACUGCGGUUCAGAAGUAGCCACGCUGGGAGUAUCCUUGUUCGUGGUAGGAUUCGCCAUCGGCCCGUUACUCUGGGCGCCCAUGAGUGAGCUAUAUGGGCGACAGUAUCUCUUUAUCGGCAGUUACUGUGGGUUGACAGUGUUCAACGCCGCUUGUGCAGGGUCAAAAAAUAUCUGGACACUUAUCAUCUUCCGCUUCUUCGCAGGUUCUUUUGGAUCGUCGCCGCUGACCAACGCCGGCGGAGUUAUUGCAGAUAUGUUCCCAGCCAGCCAGCGUGGUAUAGCAAUGAGCGUGUUUGCAGCUGCUCCAUUCCUAGGUCCAGUGCUUGGACCAAUUAUUGGAGGGUUCUUAGGCAUGAAGGCAGGUUGGAAGUGGGUGAUGGGGUUCCUGGCCAUCUUCUCGGGUGCUCUCUGGAUUGCUGGCUCAGUCUGUGUUCCGGAGACUUAUGCCCCUGUCCUUCUGCAGCGGCGGGCAGCAAAACUCUCUAAAGUUACCGGAAAAGUCUACCAAAGUAAGAUCGAGGUAGACCAAGGAAAGAAAACACCCAAGGAAGCUUUUCAGAUCGCCCUAUCUCGACCGUGGCUUCUACUAUUCCGUGAACCGAUUGUGCUCUUGUUGUCGAUCUAUAUGGCUAUUAUUUAUGGUACCCUCUAUAUGAUGUUUGCCGCCUUUCCCAUUGUCUACCAAGGCCAGCGAGGAUGGAACCAGGGUGUUUCUGGUCUGGCCUUCCUGGGAAUUAUGGUUGGCAUGAUUGUUGCGGUAGCCUACACACUCUGGGAUAAUAAACGUUAUGUGAACACUCAGGCACGACACAAUGGAUUCGCACCCCCCGAGGCUCGCCUGCCCCCUUGCCUGAUUGCCUCGGUUGUGAUACCAAUUGGUCUUUUCUGGUUUGCCUGGACGAAUUAUCCAUCCAUUCAUUUCAUGGCCAGUAUCGCCGCUGGUGCACCGUUCGGAUUUGGUAUGGUGCUGGUCUUCCUCAGCUUGAUGAAUUACUUGAUUGAUGCCUAUACAAUCUUUGCUGCGUCCGUGUUGGCUGCCAAUUCUGUGCUUCGUUCAAUCUUCGGUGCUGUUUUCCCGCUCUUCACCUCAUACAUGUACAAUGAUCUAGGUGUGCACUGGGCCUCUAGUAUCCCCGCAUUCCUAGCACUCGCGUGCGUCCCGUUUCCAUUUCUCUUUUAUAAAUACGGCCCAGCGAUUCGGACACGAUGCAAAUAUGCAGCGCAAUCGGACGCCUUUAUGAAGAAGUUGAUGGAACAAACUACCAAUGUUCCGGAAGAGACAGACGUUGAGAAGAAGUACGAGAACAGUGCCACGGAAGGGUCGAAAGAGGUGGAUGAUGCUCUGUCUGAGCCCACCCCAGCGAGCUCGCAACUGGAUGAUCUCCCGUCUGUCAAGUAUGACCGAAGAAAGUCUAUAGCAUCACAGGCGUCGCGCCGGUCUGCGGGAGUCAAUUCUCAGACGGUGUAUGAUGCUAAUCCGUAUGACAUUGAUCGGGUCAACACCCGCGAGUCAUUCAAAUAGAUCAUCCGCCUGUUCUUAUCUUUCACUCAUCACAGCUGAGUGUAUCAUCAUGUAUUGUGAUCCGUUGAUGGAUCCGGAACAUCCCCUUUCUGGUUACAAUACCCCUUAAAAAUACCCUAUAGAUAGUGUUUAGUUGUUUUGUAUAUAAUGUCUAUAGAAUUCACUUGAUAGAACCUGUGUAUUUGUGACUUAAACUUGCUGACGAUUCAUCUUGAAUCUGACAA